AGUAGUGCGAGUGCCUCAACAGUGAAAAAGUGUAGUCGAUAGGGAAGCGCGUGCACACACUCACUCACUCAGAUACACAGUUAGCUGUACAACAGAACACCAACUCAUAUGUGUUCAUGGACACACCGAAAGUGGACCUCUUUACAACUUCAUUUAAGAGUAAACAGCCGACAAUGAAGCGGGACUUAUGGAAUUAAAGCUUAGAGGAACUGAAAUGGGCGGUCUGCUGCUGCUGCUGCUGCUCAGGAGCUGCCUGCUGUCGGCAGUUCAAGGCUCACCACUCCUCCUCUUUGCCAACCGACGUGACGUACGAUUAGUAGAUGCAGAGGGUGUGCGGGGUGAGUCGGCCAUUGUUGUUAGUGACCUGGAGGAUGCAGCAGCAGUGGACUUCCUGUAUGCUGAGGGCCUUAUAUUUUGGACUGAUGUUAGUGAGGAGGCGAUCAAACAGACCCACUGGAAUAAGUCAUCAAACUCCCUUAAAGAGGCACUGGGAACUGGUCAGACAGUGGUAGUGUCUGGACUGGACAGUCCUGAUGGGCUGGCCUGUGACUGGCUGGGGCGAAAGCUCUACUGGACAGACUCAGAGACCAAUCGGAUUGAAGUGGCCAACCUCGAUGGCACAUCCAGAAAGGUUCUGUUUUGGAUGGACUUAGACCAGCCCAGGGCUGUCGCUCUCAACCCUGCUCACUGCUACAUGUACUGGACUGACUGGGGAGAGGAGCCCAGGAUAGAGCGUGCUGGCAUGGAUGGCAGCCAUAGGAAAGUGAUUGUAAACGUGGACAUAUACUGGCCCAACGGUCUGACUAUAGACCUGAUCGAGGAGAAGCUGUAUUGGGCAGAUGCUAAACUCAGCUUCAUUCAUAGAGCUAACCUUGAUGGAUCAGCACGUGAAACAGUGGUGGAGGGAACCCUCACCCAUCCUUUUGCACUGACACUCUCUGAGGAGACAUUAUACUGGACCGACUGGCAAACCCGCUCCAUCCAUGCCUGUAACAAACACAGUGGAGACAAAGCCAGAGAGAUCCUCAGUGGGAUUUACUCCCCUAUGGACAUCCAGGUUCUGGAGCCAUAUCGUCAGCCUCAGAUCAAGACUUCCUGUAGUGACAAUAAUGGAGGCUGUAGUCAUCUCUGCCUACUCUCUCCAGUAUUGCCUUUCUACAGCUGUGCCUGCCCCACUGGUGUUCAGCUUAAACCAGACGGAAAGACAUGCAAGCCAGGAGCAGAGCAGGUCUUAUUGCUGGCUCGACGCACUGACCUGCGGAGAAUCUCACUGGAUCUGCCAGACUUUACUGACAUAGUGCUACAGGUUGAUGACAUUCGACAUGCCAUCGCUAUAGACUACGACCCUGUUGAGGGUUACGUCUAUUGGACAGACGAUGAGGUCCGGGCCAUCCGACGAUCCCACAUUGAUGGCAGUAAUGCCAUGAUGCUGGUUACCACGGAGAUCAACCAUCCAGAUGGCAUUGCUGUGGACUGGGUGGCCAGGAACUUGUACUGGACCGACACUGGCACUGACCGCAUUGAGGUUACCAGGCUGAAUGGAACCUCUCGCAAAAUUUUAAUUUCAGAGAACCUGGAUGAACCCAGAGCCAUCGUCCUGGACCCCGUAAAUGGCUACAUGUACUGGACUGAUUGGGGUGAGCAUCCCAAGAUUGAGCGAGCCAACCUGGAUGGAACAGACCGGCUUGUUCUGCUCAACAGCUCUCUGGGCUGGCCCAACGGACUGGCAAUCGAUUAUGCAGCUGGAAAACUAUACUGGGGGGAUGCUAAAACUGACAAAAUCGAGGUGAUCAACGUGGAUGGCAGUAACAGACAGACUCUGCUAGAGGACAAACUACCUCAUAUCUUUGGUUUCACUCUGUUGGGUGAUUACAUCUACUGGACUGACUGGCAGAGGCGCAGCAUUGAGAGGGUCCACAAAGGCACGGCGGUACGAGAGAUCAUCAUUGAUCAGCUGCCAGAUUUAAUGGGACUGAAGGCCACUAAAGUGACAGAGACAUACGGUACAAAUGGCUGUGCAGUGGAUAAUGGUGGAUGCAGCCAUCUGUGUUUCUGGCAGCGACAGACUGUUAGCUGUGCCUGCCCCAUGGGCAUGGAGCUUCUCUCAGACCUGCAGACCUGUGUGGUGCCUGAGGCCUUCUUGCUCUUCACUAACAGGGACAACAUCAGGAGUAUCUCUUUGGGCACCAACAGCAACGACGUGGCCAUUCCUCUGACUGGAGUUAAAGAAGCCUCAGCUCUCGACUUUGACGUCUCUGAAAGGAGAAUAUAUUGGACUGACAUACAGUCCAAGACAAUUAGUAGAGCAUAUAUGAAUGGCAGCUCAGUAGAACAUGUCAUAGAGUUUGGACUGGACUACCCAGAAGGCAUGGCAGUUGACUGGAUGGGUCGUAACAUCUAUUGGGCCGACACAGGCACUAACCGUAUCGAGGUGGCCAGGCUGGACGGCCAGUACCGGCAGGUUCUGGUUUGCAAGGAUCUUGACAACCCGCGAUCGUUGGACAACCCUCGCUCACUGGCACUGCACCCAGCUAAAGGAUACAUGUACUGGACAGAGUGGGGUGGUCGACCUCGUAUAGCCAGAGCAUACAUGGACGGCAGCAUCAUCAUGACCUUGGUUGAUAAAGUGGGCCGGGCAAACGGACUGACCAUUGACUAUGUAGACCAUCGACUCUAUUGGACCGACUUGGACACAUGUAUGAUCGAAAGCACCAACUUGCAAGGCCUUCAGAGAGAGAUCAUAGUAGACGACCUCCCUCACCCCUUCGGUCUGACACAAUACCGAGAUUUUAUCUACUGGACAGACUUCAAUCUGCGGAGUAUUGAGAGAGCAGAUAAACGCAGUGGGCUCAACCGCACUGUGGUGUUGCAGGGUCAGCUAGAGCUAAUGCUGGACAUCCUGGUUUUCCAUUCAUCCCGCCAGGAUGGUAGCAAUGAGUGCUCCCAAAACAAUGGCAACUGUGCCCACCUUUGCCUGGCUACGCCUGCUGGUGCUCAAUGCCGCUGUGCCUCCCACUACACCUUGAACCCUGACGGACGAAACUGUAGCUCUCCCUCUAGUUUCCUGCUCUUCAGUCAAAAGGCCAGCAUCAGCAGGAUGGUUUUAGGAGAGCAGAGUCCUGACAUCAUCCUGCCCAUCCACGUCUUAAGGAACGUCCGAGCCGUCAGCUAUGACCCACUGGACCGCCUUGUCUACUGGCUGGAUGGACGACAGAACAUAAGAAGGGCCAGAGACGAUGGAGCCAUGUCCAUGAUAGUGAGCAGCACUUUUCAGCCAAUGGACAACCAGCUUCAUGACCUGAGUCUGGACCCGUACAGCCGCCACAUUUACUGGACCUGUGAGACAACCAACACAAUCAAUGUCCAGAGGAUGGAUGGACACACUGUGGGUGUGGUCCUAAAGGACGACACGGACAAGCCCCGGGCCAUCAUGGUCAGCGCUGAGAAAGGGUACAUGUAUUUCACCACAGUGCAAGAGCGCUCAGCUAAAAUUGAAGGCGCCAGUCUGGACGGGACAGAGAGAGAAUCUCUGUUUACCACUGGUCUGAUUAGACCAGUAGCUCUGGCUCUGGACAAUAAACUGGGAAAACUGUUCUGGGUCGAUGCUGACCUUAAACGCAUCGAGAGCAGUGAUCUUACAGGAGCCAAUCGCAUCGUCCUCCAGGAUUCCAACAUUCUCCAGCCAAUGGGGCUGACAGUCCUGGGAGGCCAUCUGUACUGGAUCGACCGGCAGCAGCAAAUGAUAGAGAGGGUGGACAAACUGACAGGAGAUGGACGCACACGCAUUCAGGGACGGAUAUCAUACCUGACCUCCAUCCAUGCUGUGGAAGAGAUGGACCCACAGGAAUUUGCAUCCCACCCUUGUUCCCGUGACAACGGGGGUUGUUCUCAUAUCUGCAUUGCUAAGGGUGAUGGUACACCCCGCUGCUCCUGUCCAAUGCACCUGGUGUUACUGCAGGACCUGCUGCGCUGUGGAGAGCCUCCCACUUGCUCCACAGAGCAGUUCACCUGCUCCACAGGGGAGAUCGACUGUAUUCCCAUGGCUUGGCGGUGUGAUGGCGUUACUGAAUGUGAAGACGGUAGUGAUGAGGAGAACUGUCCCGUGUGCUCAGCCUUCCAGUUCCUGUGUGAUAAAGGAGGCUGUAUUGAUGCUCAGAGGCGCUGCAACGGUGAACCCGACUGUGCUGAUGACACUGAUGAGCAAGACUGUGAAACUAUCUGCCAUCCCAAUCAGUUCCGCUGUAGUGACAACCAGUGCAUCACCAAGAAACAACAGUGUGACAACUACUCUGACUGUCCCGACGGAUCAGAUGAGCUUGCUUGUGAGAAUGUGUCACCUCCCUCCAGUGGCAUCCCCAACACGGGGCCCAACACCAUUGGUCCAGUCAUUGCCAUCAUCCUGCUGGUCUUUGUUAUCGGGGCAGCUUAUUUUGUUUGCCAGCGUGUGGUGUGUCGUCGCUACAAGGGCCCUAGUGGGACUUUUCCUCAUGAGUACAUCGGUGGUACGCCCCAUGUACCCCUCAACUUCAUCUCCCCAAGCAGCUCCCAACAUGGCACCUUCCAAGGGAUUUCUUGUGGAAAGUCCAUGAUGAGCUCGGUCAGCCUGAUGGGCAGCAACAGCAGUGGAGCACCCCUCUAUGACAGGAACCACGUGACUGGAGCCUCAUCUAGCAGCUCAUCAUCUACCAAGGGAGCCUUCUACCCUCAGAUCCUAAACCCACCUCCGUCCCCGGCUACUGACCGCUCUCUCUACAACACAGAGAUCUUCUACUCUUCCAACAGUCCAUCCACCACCAGAUCAUACAGACCUUACCAUCCAGUCCGUGGCACUGCCCCGCCUACUACGCCCUGCAGCACUGACGUCUGUGACAGUGACUACACCCCCCACCACCUGCCGGCUGGGCUGGCAUCAUCAACAGGCCGGUGGAAGGCCAUGGGCCAUGGCAGCCACGGCAAACACACCAAAUACUACAUGGACCUUAACUCAGACUCUGACCCCUACCCUCCACCCCCCACUCCCCGUUCCCAGUACCUGUCAGCUGAGGACAGUUGCCCCCCAUCCCCUUCCACAGAGCACUCCUACUUUCACCUCUGCCCCCCUCCUCCCUCACCCUGCACCGACUCCUUGUGACCCUCCAACAGCUCAAGAGCCCUGUAAGGAAGGAAAGGACAGAGUAUGCUUGCCUCAUUCAGAAGUGGCCUUGUCUGGCCCACUGGGAAAGAACUAAUGUGCCAACUUUAGCCCUGAGCGGCUCACACAUGCUGCUUUAUCUCAACUGCUUAGGCUUAAGUGCCUUGUUCAAGGUUCCUAUGUCCCCAUUUGUUCAUAUCAUCAUUCCAGUCUUCCUGGAGCUCUCAGGGUGACCAUCAUUUGAUCAGUUUGUCUCCCAUGUGCUCUGCUCUAACAUUCAUUCACUGGUGGCUGAAGGUUCAAGGUCUUCUUUCCUUUCUAAAGAACACAAAAAGGAGAUGAUGAUUAUAAACAGCGAGCAGCUCUCACUUUAAUUUUCACUCCUCCAUAAGAAGGAACAUUUGCUUUGCUGGGCAACAAAAUGUCAAGUCUUCCCUCUGUCCAAAUUUGAGCCCAACUCCUGGCCUCACCUAAAAUCACUGACUUAGAGAGUCACCAAAAGGCACUGCUGUUGUGUGGAAACCAUAGGUCCAAUGCCACAUUAUAAAUUAAGAACAAAGCCAAAGGAGGGAAGCCUUGCACCCCCACUCUUAACUUCCUGCCAUUUGUCUUCUCCUUCCUCAAAACAUCCUUUUUGGCAGACCAACAACAAGACUGUAUAUAGGAUUUGAAAUAAUUGAACAAAAAUAGAUUAUAAAGGAAUUAUUUUGCUAUUUUAUUCAUGCUGGCUGAUCCACUGUGGCUCAGAAAACAAGCUGGGGAUAGAUGGAUUAGAGGAUGAGUGAUGGAUGAAUAAUUGGACAACAUACAAGACUUUUGCUUAUUGUAGGAUAUUAGAUAACCUCUAUAGAUGAUGACUGAAUACAUGUGUACAAUUAUGAAUGGAUGAGUGGGUGGAUGGAUCAGAGCCAAGAUCAAAGUGUGAAAUAUCUUGUACAUUAUUUUUAAAUUGUGUCCCUCAUCAUUUCAAAUUGGGAAUUCUAUGUAGUUGAAUAUGGGGUCUUUUGAAUUGGUAGAGCUUUCCCCAGCCAACUAAGACAAAUCUGCCUUCAGUCCCAUGAAAUGACUACAUGACAACAACAUACCAAAUUAAUAUCAACAUGUACUAUUGAACAUAUGUGUUAUGAGUGAAGAAUGUAUGCUUUUCAUUGUGAAUCUGAACCUCUUCCAUCAACUUUUCUUCACUCUCAUCAUCCUGUUUACCAAAAGUAUGUUUGCUGCUAUUGUGUACAUUCUAUACCAGUUACUAUAACAUAUAAUUACACAGAAAGCCCAUGAGUACCACUCCCAUACUGGCAGUAUCUCUUGAAGCUAUUUUACAGUUAAUAACAAAUUAUUUUUAUAGCAACUUUUAUUUGUAUUUUCUUUUGUGUGUCGUUCAUUAUGUAUGUUUCUAUGUCACUCUCCAUGCUUAUAUUUUUUUGGAAAUAGUAAAGUGAAAGGUUGAAAGACUGUUGAGGCAUUUUACUGGGAGUGGUUCAAAAAAGUGAUUGAAGGUUUCAGUGCGCUUUCAGAUAAUUCAACCCUGAUGUCUGUCCAAAAACUUUGGGUCUUGACACAAUUAAUCAUACAACAUUGAGAAUAUAGGACGAAAUGUUGAAUAUCCCCUGUACGUUUGAAGGUCGUCUGCACAAUUUAGGUUACUAACUACCAGUAGAUGUUAAAAGGUGUUAGUGGCCACAAGCCAGGGUUAGGGACAUAACUGUGCAUCUUAGCGCCAUGAAGUGUUUUGGGCUUGUUAUCAAUGAUACAGGCCGAACUUGAGGGUAUACUGAGGCUAAAGGUGAAUCUGACUGGUUCCUGGCUUGAAUGGCAGUAUUAUGAAAGCCAUGUGGCCCGCUCAGUAGAUCAUUGCCUCUAUUCAUUUUUAAACUUAACACUUUACCUUUUUUGAACAUAGGACAAGAUGGAGAAUACGUAAUGUACGUUCUGCCACACUAAUUAAUGCCUACCGCCAGUUGAUGUAAUCAAAUGUUAGUGACCACCAGCAAAUGUUCUGGACAUAUCUUCAGUUGUGUACCUUAGUGUCAUCAGGUGUUUCGGCCUUUUAGUCACGAGACACCCUCUUAUAAGGCAGGCCCACCGCAGGAUGAUCAGACUUGGGUGCAUGUCCCUAGCAUCUCGGGACCCAUUUGGGAUCUUUCCUCCUAAUCCAGAGCCAUUGACUACAGCAUUCUGCAGUGUGCGAUGUCUCUUUUAUGGUCUAGUGCAGGACUUGUCCAUGGAUCCCCAGAUCUUUGAGCAACCUGAUGGUGGAUGUUGCAAGGAAACCUUUCCAUUUGCUUCAUCAACAUUAUCCUCCCAGGGUACUGUCAAUUCUACAAAGUAGACGACACGCAGGGUGUUUGGACCAGAGUAUCAGGUCAGGUCUUAGGGUGGUCGUGUCAAUAUGUGAUCGGACUUUAAACCGCAAGCCCACGUCCACCAACAUCUCCCAGUCUCAGGCUUGCUCCAACUGACCACUUCUGGUCAGUGGAGGAGGCCCUCUCUGUCCCUGUUCCACCUCACGUACAAAUGUUGUCCUUUGAACUGUGUUUGAUGUUUUUUGUUCCAAGUCAUUGUUCUCUUUGUUUCUAUUGUUGCUGUAAGGCAUUUGAGUACCUGGUAAUGUCUCCAUGUAUACCUUGGGAUAGACUUAUUUUACAAACAGUGAGGGUAGCUGUAGUUGAGCAUAGUGGGCAGGAUGGAUCUCCGUUCAGCCACUCCUGUCAGUUUUUGGGUGAGGGAAGGACGUCAUAGGUUGCUCUAAGCAGGAAAGUAAUCCUGCUUUCUUCCAUUCCCCACAAGUCCUUCAAGCUGAUCUUUCUUUUCUCUGCUCUCCCAUUUCAUCCUCUGCCCCUGUCUUGCUUGAGUGACAGCCUUUGCAUAUCUUGCUGCCUCUUCCUGACGCCGGAUUUCCAGGACUACCAUCUCCCCAGCUCUAAAGGAGUUGCCUUGUUCCACAGGGGUCUACUCUGACCUAGGCCCAAACAUCCUCUUCCCUGUUGAAAGUGGCCCGCAAUGUUAGCUUAUUCGAGUGCUGCUUUUGCUUGUUGAGUUGCAUCUUUUGGUGUCGAUUUCUGUCCUGUUGUCAAGGAUGGUCCAACAGCCUGUAUAGAUUUGUCUCGGGACUCUGAGAGAGUGAACUCAAGCCUUGUUUUGGUGCAUUUAAACUCUUCUACGAAACUUGAGAUAGGCAGCUCGACAAUGCCCUGUCCAUACAGGCCGAUGUUGCUCAAACAUCUUGGGACUCCUAACCACUUUCUCACAUAGGAAUUGAUCGUCCUCUCCAUGUUCUCAACUUCUGUGAUAGGAUCACAACUACUGUAUGUGGCCACAUCAGUCGGGGUAAUGGCCAAACUGUAAGCACCAGAGUUUUAACUUGCCAGGAAGCAUGGACUGGUCGAUAUUCUUAAGACCUCUGUUGACAUCCUGCUUCAGUUGCUGGAACUGCUCGCAUUCUUUGAGGCUUACAUCAUAGCAUCAUUCAAGGCUUUUUAUUGGUUUCUCAGACACUGUUGGAACGGGUUCUCCAUUGAUGUAUAACCUAUGGUGUGAUCUCUUACGUUUGCUUAUUGAGAUACUUCUUGAGUUUGAUGGAUUGAUACUCAUUCUGGCCCAUGUGAUGUUGUCUUCAAGUUUCCCUCGCAACCGUGUAGGCCAUGAUUGGUGUUAAUCAGACCCCCUGACCUUUGUCGCUUGCCACCUACUACCCAUUUUGAAGCUCUAAUAAUCACCUCUGUCGCCAUAGUGAACGCUAGUGGGGAGAUAGUGCCGCCAGCCAUGAUGCCCACUUCGAGACGCUGCCAUAUGGUGGUAAAAUCUGGUGUUGUGAAGCAGAAUUGCAGAUCUUCGAAGUAGGCUUUUAUCAAAUUUGUGAUGGGCUCUGGUACUUUGAAGAAGUCGGAAGCAGCCCAGAGGACACUUUGUGGUACUGACCCGAAUGCAUUAGUGAGAUCUAGGAAGAUGACAUCUAGAUCUCUCUUUUCAAUUUUGGCUGAUUGAAUUUGGUACUAGAUCAUGCUAGUGUGUUCUAAACAUCCAGAGAACUAUGAAAUUCCAGCUUUUGUGACCGUUGUAUCCACCAGCUUGUUUUUCACCAGAUAGCUUUCUCUUUUCAGCCUUUGGGCUAUGACGCUAAAGAAGACCUUGCCUUCUACAUUGAGGAGACUGAUGGGUUGAAAUCGGCUGAUGUUUGAGGAUUCCUCCUCUUUUGAUAUCAGUACUCCUUCAGCUCGGCGCCAAGGUUUGGGUAUUUUUGGCUUCACCCAUGCCACUCUCAUUAAUUUCUUCAAGAAGCGUAGAACAUUAGGAGCAUUUUUGUAUACCCUGUACGGGACACUGUUAGGGCCUGGGGUUGAUGAUGCUCUUGCCCACCUCACUGUGCUCUCCACUUCUUUCCAUUUCGGAGGGUUCACAUCCAUUUGGUGUUCUGGCUGCUCAAUGGGUGGGAUAUCAGAUAGAAUAGCUAUCGGAUCAUGUCUACGUGGGUCAGAGGGUGCUCGGUCCAGGUGCUCCUCUAUGUCCUGCUUUGAGGUCCUCAGGGUUCCUCCCUUCUUUGCGGUGAAGAGAGAAUUCACGAACUUGAAGGGGUCUUUAAAGAAACGGGUUCUUUCUCGUUGUUUUCUUUUCCGAGUUGUUCUUAGGCGCUCUGCCCGCCUUAAGGUUGUCAGUCGGUUCUUGAUGUUCUGCCGCAGUAUGUUAAUUCCCUCCUGCUCCUCUGAUGCUUUCUACCAAUGCUUUUUAAGCUGCCUCUUCUCUUGUACCUGGUGUUCUAUUUCCAGCUGCCUUCUGGACUUGGUUUCCAUUGUUGGUGUUAUCUGUUCUUUCUGUGUCACUCCAACAUGUUCCGUUCUGUAGUUAUAAAUGACGUUACCCAUCCUUUCAAGUUUUGUCUCAACUGUGCCCUUUAUCUUUUCCAGGAUAGUGCUUAGGUCUGCAUUGAUGGCCUCCCAUUUUUCUUUUUCUGAUGCUCCAGGUCAGUUAACCUUUGGUUUGUUUUGUAAAGGUUUCUUCUACAUUGUUGCUUGAGAUAACUUCCUGAGAUACAGGGGGACUGAUGUACUGCGAACUUUGGGUUGAGUCAGGUCGCACUCGACUGACUUGAUUGACUUCUUAGAAAGUACUGAUCAAUGCGAGAUCCCUGCUCUCUUUCGAUCAAGCACUUCUUUCUUUGGUGUAUUUUUAGGCCCUUGGCCGAUGUUAUUUUCCUCCAGCCACAGGGACACACCUGGAGCUUAUUGUCUGAUUCUGUCGCGUUAGCUUCUUGAAUUAUGCUUGUCUUCUUCUUUGUCGUUUCCAUUCCAGGGUGUGUUCUGUUAGUGAGUCGCCUUCCGCCCCCACUCUCACUGACUCUGGGGGUAUUUUUCGUUUAGUUGCUUUCGUAGCCAUUAGUGGGUGUCUCCGAAUACCAAUUCAUAUUGGAUCCCGCCAGUAUGGGUAGGUAACCCAAGCCAGCCCCGGUGGGGUCUAUACCCUCCAGCCAGCUUUCUUUCCUCGCCGCCACAAGGUCUUUCCCUUGUUGUCAGCUAUUCUACUCACAGCGGUCACUGGAUGCAUCCAGCUACAAAACAAGAAGUUCAAACCCUUUCUACUUACACACCUCAACACACCUGGCCAGUCUCUGCGUAAAGUAUGCAAGAAAACCUGUUUUAGAAUCUGUUAGCCUUUGGCCUGACUGCAAUUUUUGCUGCAAGAUUUCUGAACAACCACUGAACAGUCACCUGAGGUUUUUCUGGUACUUAGUCUUAUAAUCUGAUAAAUGACGAGGCAACAUGAUGCUUAAGGGAAUAAACCAUUUUGGUUUUAAAGAGCAAUUGAACCCCUUGCUGUAGUUUGAACACACCCCUUUCAGAUAUUAAAAAAAAUAUUUAACAUUUAUAUCAUGCUAACAUUCAAACUGGGAGACCGAACUGAUGUGUUGAUGUGAUGGAAGUACAAGGCAACAUUUACUUGAUUUAGAUAUUUUUUUUGUAUUUUUCUAUAAAAACAAGACUGGGACCACAAUCAUCAAAGUCACUGUACAGACUGUAUCAUUUACUAACUAAUUGUUCAUCUUCACAGUUAAUUGUUUCAAGUUUAGAUUUAGGCUUUGAAUGUUUUUAUAUUCAGCCUGCUGUCACUCCAGCACAUAGUAAAUAUCAGCACAAGAUACUACACCAAAACAGUGGGAACAUAUACAUAAUGUCCUCUAGGACAAAGAGUUACACACAAUGAUUUCAGUGUGUUAUUUGACUGUUGAGAGACAAGAGCAAUCUGUGUGUGUGUGUGUGUGUGUGUGUGUGUGUGUGUGUGUGUGUGUGUGUGUGCGUGCGCGUGGCUCCAAGCAGCCCAUUUUUAAGGGGUGUAUAGGCACCAAAUCAAGCCACUGUCAGCGAAACUCCUUAGAAGCUGUUUGUUCUCUCAGCUAAUUUUUUGUGUCUAUUUUACUCUUGUGACCGUUUUUUUUUGUAUCAGAAACAUUUUAUAUAAUAAAGGUUCUAUUUUAAGGAACA